AUGCGCGAAUCAUCCGCCGCUUACGAACUGAAGAGGCGAGCAGCAUCGCAGGUGUCAUACCCAUCCAAACGACCUGCACUUGGUACUGGAAGCAGGCCAGCUGAGAAGAGGAAUUUCCCUCCAACAGCAGGGAAUCAGGCGACUUCAUGCUAUAAGUGCGGGAAGGUGCAUGCUGGAGAGUUCAAGGCUAGCGAACCAAACUGCUUUAGGUGUGGUCAAUUUGGCCACUUCAAGAGGAAUUGUCCACUGGAUGCCCCAGAAGGAUCCCGACCCCCAGGAAACAACUUUCCACCAAGGCGACCCGCCCAAGCGAGGGUGUAUACCUUAACUCCGGUUGAGGUAGACGAAGAAGAAGAACGAGGUGUUAACGAUGUUGUGACAGGUACCAUCUUUUUGUUUGGUAUCCUUGCGUGUACUCUUUUUGAUUCAGGAACUACACAUUCAUUCAUUUAUGAAGCAUACAUUAAAUUACGUCAUGUUAGCACUCGACCUUUAGUACAAAGUCUUACGGUUGAAACCCCUGGAGGAAAGAAAGUCGUAUGCGAUAAAAUGGUAGAGAAUUGUCCAAUCAAUAUAAAAGGAAGGAACCUACCCAUCAAUCUAUCAGUGUUUAAAUAUCUAGGAUAUGAUGUAAUCCUAGGCAUGGACUGGUUAUCAAAGUAUUAUGCGAGUAUAAAUUGUAGAGAGAAGGUAGUCGUUUUUCAAUUGCCAGGUGUUGAAAGAUUUAAAUUCAACGGAUCUUCUACACGAGCUACUCCACCGCUACUUUCCGCAAUACAAGCUACAGGGAAUAUACGACAAGGAGCAUCAGUGGUCUUAGCUUAUGUGACGGCAAAACCAGAAGCUAAGCGUACGUUGGAAGAUAUUCCAGUGGCGUGCGAUUACCCAGACGUGUUUGCCGAGGUUGUGACAGGAUUGCCACUUGAUCAUGAGAUUGAGUUUACCAUUGAUUUGAUUCCGGGAACUCAACCCAUUCACAAAGCACCUUAUCGUAUGGCGCCUGCCGAGUUGAAAGAGCUAAAGAAACAAUCCAAGAACAUUUGGACAGAGGAUUCAUACGCCCAAGCGUAUCACCGUGGGGAGCACCAGUACUGUUUGUCAAGAAGAAAGAUGGGACUAUGCGACUAUGCUUAG